AUGUCAGCGCGAGUUCAGGUGGUGCAUGGAUAUGGUCAGGGUGAAGGCCCCGGCGCGCCGCCAGAAGAACUGGAGCUGCCGAGCCAGGUUUGGUUCCUGUGGCCUCUUUUCCUGGCACGUCCGACGGCGGAUCCAGAGCACGGGGCCCUGCUGCGGCACAACAAGGCGGAGCAGGUCUAUGAGGUCCUAGCGCCACGAGACAUGAACGCCUCUGAGGAGUUGUUGUUUCUGGACCUUCGCUUGACGGACGCCUCCGCCCUGUGCUUUCGCGGCGUGUGGCUCACGGCGAAGCAUCGCGCGCAGUUGAAGCUUCCGCUGCCUUCCUGGGCCAAAGGAGCACUGCCCAUGAUGCAGAAGUAUGGCUGCACGCUGAACGCGGCGCUGAAUCUCAUCGUGCCGCUCGCUCGGGACGUGGAUCCUGCCUUCUUGAGCUGCAUGCGGCUGGCCGUGCUUGAUGCCGAGCGCUUGGCCAAACUCGAGCGGCGAGGCUGGUUGGAGCACUGGCCACGGACAACGCCCCUCGACCAGGCGCAGGAGCAGCAAGCAGCGCAGCUGGCAGUGGAUCUCCUGCAGAAGGCCCUCGAACGGUUGACGCAAUCCAGCUCUGAGCUCCGGCAACGCUUUGGCAGCGACUCCGUCGUGCAACGGCCCUGCGUGCGGGUCCGCGAGGCUGAGACUAUGGUCGUGGUGAGUUUGUUGAAAUCCAUGCAGGAGUUGGCACUGCUGAGCAGCAAUGAGUAUUUGUUUGAAGCUUUGCGCGACGAGCAGCGGCGGCACCUGAACGCCUAG